UAGUAAAAGAAUUGCAUGUUUUGCAGGUUGUGUUUUCAAAUUUGGUGGAAUUGAAGUUGUCUGGGAUUAAAAUAAAUCAGUUGUGGAUAACAUCUUCCUACACUGUGACUCCUCAAGAAAUCUUGAAUUUCAGAAAGUUUAAAAGACUACAAAUUUAUGCUUGUAGCAGCUUAGAAUACCUUUUUACCCCUUCUAUGGUAUUAGGUCUUGGGCACCUCGAGAACUUGGAUGUAUCAUCCUGUCAAGAUUUGAAACAAGUGAUUAUGGUAAAAGGAGUUGAGGAGGUAGUGAACACAGAGUUGAUAUUCCCACGGCUAAACUUCAUUUCGCUAGAGAAUUGUGACAAGUUGUCAAGUUUCUAUGCUGGAAGUUCUGCACUCAAGUUCCAAUCGGCCAUAAAAAUUACCAUAGAUGAUUGCCCAACCAUGAUUACAUUUGCUUGUACAUUUUCAACAGAGCAAGAGAAAGAGACAGCUUAUCGAGGAACUAACAGACAUCUUGGAAAGAAAGAACUUGAUAUACGUAGUCAGACUCUAUUCUUUAAUACGGUUGUGUUUUCAAAUUUAGAGGAAUUGGACUUGUCUGGGAUUAAAAUAAAUCAGUUGUGGAUAACAUCUUCCUACACUGUGACUUCUCAAGAAAUCUUGAAUUUCAAAAAGCUUAAAAGACUACGAAUUUCUGAUUGUAGCAGCUUAGAAUACCUUUUUACCCCUUCCAUGGUAUCAGGUCUUGGGCACCUCGAGGACUUGUUUGUAAUUUCUUGUCGAGAUUUGAAACAAGUGAUUAUGGUAAAAGGAGUUGAGGAGGUAGUGAACACAGAGUUGAUAUUCCCACAGCUAAACUCCAUUGAGCUACAAUUUUGUGACAAGUUGUCAAGUUUCUAUGUUGGAAGUUCUGCACUCAAGUUCCAAUCGGCCAUAAAAAUUAAGAUACACAGGUGUCCAAACAUGAUUACAUUUGCUUCUACAUUUUCAACAGAGCAAGAGAAAGAGACAGCUUAUCAAGAAACUGAGGGACACCUUAGAAAGAAAAAACCUGAUAUUCGGAGUCGGACUAUAUUCUUUGAUACGGUUGACAUUCCUCUCUUGGAUGACUUGUAUCUGAACUUCAUUUGUGUACAGAAAAUAUGGCACAGCCAAAUUACAUUAAUGUCCUCAUUUGUUCAAAACUUGAGAAAAUUGACUGUAUGUUUCUGUGAUAAUUUGGAAUAUCUCUUCACAUCAUCGAUGAUUGAAAGUUUUGAGCAACUUGAAGUACUCAAGAUUGGGGGGUGUAAGGAGAUGCAAGUGGUAAUACUGAUAGAAGAAUUGGUAGAAAAAGAAAAGACAAGCCAGACAAUGUUUCCCAAACUAGACAGAUUAGAGCUCCGUUACCUUCCACAACUCGUAAGAUUUUGCUCCAAUUGCAAUUCUUUUGGAGAAGUAUAUGAAGCUCAAGGACUUAGUGGUAGUGGAUCACAAGUAGUUGCAGCCGCACAAUCAAAGUUGGUGGAAACAAAAGUCACUCAGCUUGUAUUUCCUCGAGUAACAUACCUGGAACUUAGUUGUCUACCCAAUUUCAAGGGUUUCUUCCCUAAAAUCCACAUCACAAAAUGGCUAUUGUUGAAAAGAAUGAUUGUGCAACAAUGUGACAAGGUGAAGACAUUUGCCUCAGAAUUUCCAAGCAUUGAAAUAAUGGAUGGAGACAACCAACUUGAAAGGCAAACUCAAGAUCCUAUGUUUUGGAUUGGCAAGACUCUAGAAAUAUCAGAAUGUCAUGGACUUGAAAAUUUAGUGAGUUACUCAACUGCCAAAAGCUUGGAACAGCUGGAAAGAAUGAGCAUAACUGAUUGUGACUUGGUGGAAGAAAUUGUCAAAUGCUUGGAAGAUAAUGUGAAGGAUGUCAUUGUCUUUAGCCAACUCAAGUCUUUGCAACUUCGCGGUCUUCCCAAACUUUCAAGCUUUUGCACAAGGAGGUGUGACUUUGAGUUCCCAUCUUUGAAAGAAGCAAUUGUGAUAGGAUGUCCACAGAUGAAAUAUUUUUCCAUGGGAAAGACAAUAACAAAAGAAUUACAAAAUGUUCAAUGGACAAAUGAUGAAGAGAAAAGACACUGGGCAGGCGAUCUUGACAGCACAAUACAGGACUUAUUCACUCAAAAGACAAGGAAUAGGAGCACUUACAGUAAGGGGAUUAGAAGAAGAGCUUACAAGGUUGGAUACUUUGGGUUUGAAAGUUUGACACUCUCCGAGUCUUCUGAGUUAAUUCAAAUUUGGAAAAAGAAUUCGGAAGAAUUAAUAUUACCUUUCAAAAAGCUUCAAUCUCUAGAAGUUAACAAUUGUAGCAGCUUGAGCUACCUUCUAACCCCCUCCAUGGUAUUGCGCCUUGGGCAACUCAAGAACUUGAAGAUAAAAGACUGUGCAGCAAUAGAACAAGUGAUCAUGGAUACAAGAGUUGGAGAGGUAGUUGAAUCUGACUCAAUACUUUUCCCACAACUAGAGUCCAUUUCAUUAGAGUCUUGCUCCAAGUUGUCAAGUUUCUAUGUGGGAAGUAAGACCCUCAAGUUUCCAAUGCUGGAGAAAAUUAUUGUAAAGGAUUGUCUAAAGAUGGUUAGAUUCACUUUUAAAUUUUCAAGUGAGCAAGAGAAAGAGACAACUGAUGGAAGAAGUGAGGAAUUGCUUGUCAAUAAAGAACCUAAUAUCUUCAUUGAGCUUAAAAAACUCGGGAUUAGUGGAUGUGAGAUGAUGGAAGUGGUAAUAUUGACAGAAGGGACAGUGGAAGAAGAAAAGAUUUGCCAGACAGUGUUCCCCAAACUAGAGACCUUGAUACUUAAUGACCUACCCCAACUUGCAACAUUUUGCUCCAAUUGUGAUUCUCUAGGAAAAAUUUCUGACUCUGAAAGAGUCAAUUUUGAUACCAGAUCACAAAAACUGCUAGCCACGCAAUCGACUUUGGUGGAAACAGAGGCCACCGAGCUUGUAUUUUCUCAAGUGACAGUGCUGAUACUUAGGCUCUUACCGAAAUUCAAGAGUUUCUUCCCUCAAACGCACAUCACAGAAUGGCCAUCAUUGGAAGGUUUAGUUGUGAUCGACUAUCAUGGAGCACAAAUAGUUGCUUCAAGAACUGAGAUGACACAUAGAGACAGCCAACUUGAAAGGGAAUCUCAACAUCUCAUGUUUUGGAUUAGCAAGGCUACAUUUCCUAGUCUAAAAAGCCUGGUUGUGAAAUGGAAUGACAACAUGAAGAUACAGUGUGGACAUCAUCCAGAGGAGUAUUUUGGUAAACUAAAGGUUCUGCACCUCCUUGGCUUUCCAAAGCAAUUGGCUUUUCUUCCUCCUUUCUUCUUCCACUCCCUGCCCAAUCUCGAAAGCCUUCUUCUGAAGGAUGCUUUCUUCGAUGAACUAUUCCAAUGUGAAGAAGUUACUGGUGAGGAAAAACCUGUGCGUGGACGCACUCCAUUAAGAAAAUUAAGAUUGUCCAAACUUCAUGAGUUAACACAUCUUUGGAAGGAAGAAUCCCAACUUGAAGUAGACAUUCUCAGAAACCUAGAAACUCUAAAGGUGCAGGAAUGUAGCAGAUUGAAGAAUUUAGUUCCUUCCACUGUAUAUUUCAACAAUUUGCAGACUCUAGUGGUAUCUGAGUGUCAUGGACUUGUCAAUUUAGUGAGAUACUCAACAGCGAAAAGCUUGGGGCAGCUCCGAGGAAUGAAAGUAGCCGAUUGUGAGAUGAUAGAAGAAAUUGUCGUAUGUUUGGGUGAUGCUGUGAACGAUGGCAUUGUUUUCACUGAAUUGGAGUGUUUGCAACUUAAAGGUUUACCAAGACUAGCAAGCUUCUGCUCAGGGGACUGCAACUUUAAAUUCGCAGCUUUGGUAACGGUAAUUGUUACAGAGUGUCCAAAUAUGCAGAUUUUCUCAAAGGGAAAACUAAGCACACCAUGGCUACAAGAAGUGAAAUUGACAGGAGAUAUAGAUGAAGAUAUGGAUGAAGAUAUGGAUGAAGAUAUGGAUGAAGAUAAAGAGAAAAAAAUAGAUGAUAUUUUUAAUAAAGAUGAAGAUGAAGAUGAAGAUGAAGCUGUAGAAGAGGAUGAAGUUGAAGAUGAAAGAAGUUGGGAGGGUAAUCUUAACAGCACUAUACAACAAUUGUUUACGGACAAGAGUGCUCGCAAUUGUAAAGACGGCAAUGGAGAAAACAGUGAUCAUGAUGCUAAAGAAAAUGAUCGUAAUUAAUGGCUAUGAACAAGAUUGGGAUUUUAGGUGAUGUUUCUCUAUCUAAGUAUUAUUCAUGGUCAUUGUGAACAAACAUGGUCUUGUGUUUAUAUAUAAUUGGCAUCUUAGGCAGUAUCUUAGAAAUUUUUCUUUACAAACAUAUCAUAUCUUUCUAUCUAUCCCAAAAAAUAAUAAUAAUAAUAAUAAUAAAAUCCUAUAUUUCUCACCGCAUAUAUGAGAACCCACGUACUAUUCUUUUUGCUUGAAUGUUUCUUGUUAAGAAAGAAAAAAUAAUAAUAAUACAACAAUUUGUUAUCUAUGUGUUAGGCCCAUUCUUGCUUUCUACACCAUUAAUUAAUUUUUGUUGUUUUUAUGGCUACAGAGUACUGAAUCAAUAUUUUGAAGAAAGCAUUGGUCAUUAUUCUAAAAAAGAUAAUGCUAAUGGUGCUAAAUAUAGAUGUUGCAGUCUAUAUUUUAUCUCUUAUAAUCAUCUACAUGUAUUGAUGAAGAUUUUAUUUUUUUCCUUGCAGGUUUUAAUGGUGCACUCACAAGAAGCUAGAUUUUUGUAUUACAAGUUCCCACAUUGCUUUGGCAUUCAAAAGAAUCUUUCAAUUUUUAAAAUUUGUGUGUGACAUGAUUAUGAAGUAGUUAAUUGUGAAAACCACUAGAGACCAUUUCAUUUUAUUUUUCUUCUUGUGCUUUUUUUAUUGUGUGAAAGAGAGCAAUUGAAUUUGUGUUGUAUCUCUAUUCAAAAAAGAGAUGGGAUUUGUGAACUAAUUGUGUCUAUCCAUCUUAAUUCACAUUUAAAUGGUAUUUAUCAUCAGUCAUGUGAUUUGCUAGUUGAAUUAUUUGUACUCUUAGCUAUAGAUUAAGUCCCUUGUUUCUAUGUACCAAAAAAAUAAAAAUUUAAAUGGUAU